AUGUCGAAAUUAACCAGUACCCGUUCUGUUCGAUCGAUAUAUCCAGGUCUUUUAUUACUUAUUGAUUAUGGUUUAAGUGAAAAAACUAUUCAUGGUGUUUGCCAUGGACUUGAUCAACUAUUUAGUAUCAUCACGACAUAUGUUGGCGUACAACGCAUACCAAUGUUUGGACUUAUUGUUAAUGGACAACAUCAAAGUGAAAUUUUUAUACCACUGUCAUUAACACGCAAUAAUCAUAUGGAACUACAAGUAGCAUUGUGCAAAUUACAACUACUUGCUCAAAAAUGGUCAAUAAAAUCAAACGGACUUAGUAUUUCAUCAAUAUCAUGGCAAUCUGCUUUACAAUUAGCUUACAUUGAAAUCAAUUCAGUUGUUCAGAAUAAUAAUGAAAAUCAAAUCAAUCAUUUACCAAAUAAAAGGUCAACGGAGAUAAGAAUUAAUAAUCUUGAAUUAUAA